GGUUUUUAGAAACUCGUAGAACUUUUUUAUUUUCUGGGCCAGCCCCUCCUCCUCAUCAUUUUAGGCGUCAACACCGCAUAAAAGGGAAGGCUGCUGCUUGGGCACACCUCUGCUCCACUCGCAAAAUUUUCUUCCUCAUUUUUUAUUCACCCACCCGUACAUUUUUUCUAACCAGCCAUGUCUGAGACCUUCAACUUCCAGGCUGAGAUCUCUCAGCUGAUGAGCCUCAUCGUCAACGCUGUCUACCAGAACAAGGAAAUUUUCCUGCGUGAGCUCAUCUCGAACGCCAGCGAUGCCCUGGACAAGAUCCGCUACCAGUCGCUGACUGACCCGUCGGUCCUGGACACCGGCAAGGAGCUCAAGAUCACGAUUAUCCCGGACGCCGCCAACAAGGUCCUGGUCAUCCGCGAUAGCGGUAUCGGUAUGACCAAGGCCGACCUCAUCAACAACCUGGGAACCAUUGCCAAGUCGGGCACCAAGGCCUUCAUGGAGAUGGUCCAGGAGACCAAGGACGCGUCGAUGAUCGGUCAGUUCGGUGUCGGUUUCUACUCGGCAUACCUGGUCGCCGACGAGGUCGAGGUUAUUUCGAAGCACAACGACGACGAGCAGUACAUCUGGCGCUCGAGCGCGGGACAGAACUUCACUGUCACCCGCGACACUGUCAACGAGCCUCUGGGCCGCGGUACCGAGAUCCGCCUGCACCUCAAGGAGGACCAGGGCGAGUACCUCGAGGAGCGCCGCAUCAAGGAGGUCGUGAAGAAGCACUCCGAGUUCAUCUCGUACCCCAUCCACCUCAUCUUCCAGAAGGAGGUCGAGAAGGAGGUGCCCGUCGACGACGCCGAGGAGGUUGACGCCGACGAGGAGAAGGACGAGGGCAAGGCCAAGAUUGAGGAGGUCGAGGACGACGACGAGGCUGAGAAGAAGCCCAAGACCAAGAAGGUCAAGGAGAACGAGACGGUCGACGAGGAGCUGAACCAGACCAAGCCCAUCUGGACCCGCAACCCCGACACGAUCGAGAAGGACGAGUACAACGCGUUCUACAAGUCGCUGACCAACGACUGGGAGGACCCGCUCGCCGUCAAGCACUUCUCGGUUGAGGGCCAGCUCGAGUUCCGCUCGAUCCUGUUCACCCCGUGCCGCGCGCCGUUCGACAUGUUUGAGGGCAAGAAGAAGCGCAACAACAUCAAGCUGUACGUGCGCCGCGUGUUCAUCAUGGACGACUGCGAGGAGCUGAUCCCCGAGUGGCUCAGCUUUGUCAAGGGUAUCGUCGAUUCGGAGGACCUGCCGCUCAACCUGUCGCGUGAGGUGCUGCAGCAGAACAAGAUCCUGAAGGUCAUCCGCAAGAACCUGGUCAAGAAGUGCAUUGACAUGUUCAACGAGAUCGCCGAGGACAAGGACAACUUCAACAAGUUCUACGAGGCGUUCAGCAAGAACAUCAAGCUGGGUAUCCACGAGGACUCGCAGAACCGCGCCAAGCUGGCCGAGUUCCUGCGCUACUACUCGACCAAGUCGACCGACGAGCCCACCUCGCUCAAGGACUACGUCACCCGCAUGCCCGAGAAGCAGAAGUACAUCUACUACAUCACCGGCGAGUCGCGCCAGGCGGUCGAGAGCUCGCCGUUCCUGGAGGUGCUGAAGCGCAAGGGCUACGAGGUCCUGUUCCUGGUCGACCCGAUCGACGAGUACUCUGUCCAGCAGCUCAAGGACUACGAGGGCAAGGAGCUCAAGUCGGUCACCAAGGAGGGCCUGGAGCUCGAGGAUGACGAGGAGGAGAAGAAGCGCUUCGAGGAGCAGAAGAAGGAGCUCGAGCCGCUGUGCUCGACCAUCAAGGAGAUCCUUGGCGAGAAGGUCGAGAAGGUCAUUGUCACCGACAUGAUCUCGGAGUCGCCGUGCGUCAUCCUGACCGGCCAGUUCGGCUGGACGGCCAACAUGGAGCGCAUCAUGAAGUCGCAGGCCCUGCGUGACUCGGGCGGCAUGUCGGCGUACAUGGCCUCGAAGCGCACUCUGGGCAUCCAGCCGACCCACCCCAUCAUCCGCGAGCUCAAGACCAAGGUCGAGGCUGACAAGAACGACAAGACGGUCCGCGACCUGGUCCAGCUCAUGUUCGAGUCGUCGCUGCUGGCCUCGGGCUUCUCGCUUGAGGACCCGUCGCAGUUCUCGAACCGCAUCUACCGCAUGAUCAAGCUCGGCCUCAGCCUCGACGAUGACGAGGAGGCCGUUGCCGGCGAGGGCACCGACGCUCCUGCUCUGGAGGAGGUGACCGAGUCGAACAUGGAGGAGAUCGACUAAACUGCCCAAAACGCCUUUCUUACAUUAUCCCUUGAUGUCUUCUAAAAAUAGUAUCUCGAUAUCUGGCAGCGAUGGUGCAUCAUGUCCCGGUUAGAACAGCCGGCUACCUGCUGGUCACUUGC